AUGGCUUCACGUUCAGGACGCUCCUCGUCCGGGCGCUCGUCUUCCAAACUGCUGUCUUAUUUAUCGUCGAAUACUUCUUCAGCACCUCCUCCCAGCUCCUCCAGCAAACCGCGUCGUUCCAAAGCGUCGUCGUCCAGCAGCUCGGGGUCGGUAAAGGAGUCAUCGCCGAGAGAGCCUCCGCGGUCAUCACUACCGCCAUUGCGAGAGUACAGAGAGUACAGAGAAUCAAGAAGACCCAAGGAGACGAGAGAAACAAGACCGUCCAGAGAUACCAGAGAGAAAGAAUCAAGAGAACCCCGCGAAAUCACGCCCUCCACCGUCUUCCUCUCCCUCAUCGCCUUCCGUCUCAUCAACGCCCUCCUCGUGCGCACCUUUUUCCAGCCCGAUGAAUUCUUCCAGUCGCUCGAACCAGCAUGGCAGCUCGCGUUUGGGAAAGACCAGGGGGCAUGGAUGACCUGGGAAUGGAGAAAUCAACUGCGAUCCUCCUUGCAUCCCCUCCUGUUCGCUGCCGUCUAUCGCGUCGCCGCCCUCCUUGCCUUCGUCCUCCGUCUCUCCCCCACGCUACGUGCGAACCUCCUAAUCGCCGCUCCGAAGACCGCGCAGGCCGUUAUCGCAGCCGUCGGCGACUUCUACACCUGGAAAUUUGCUCGUCGGAUCCAUGGUGACGGGUCACGUAAGAAUUGGGCUGUGUUGGCCUUGACCGUGGCCAGUCCCUGGCAAUGGUUCUGCUCGACGAGAACUCUGUCAAACUGUUUGGAGACGACGAUAACGGUUGUCGCUCUGGAUUUGUGGCCCUGGGAAUGGUCCUUGGAUUCGGAGCUGAAAGCGGCGCGCAAGUCCAGAAGCAGUCGCACGCAGGAGCGGCUGGAUAAGGAACUGCUGAACAGGCUACGACAAUGUCUGUGUCUCGCAGCACUCGCCUGUAUUCUCCGUCCUACGAACAUUCUGAUCUGGGUGACUCUGGCCGGCAUUGUGUUAUACCGUAACUCUUGGGAAAUACAAAAGAUCCUCGCGCGCGAAGUCGCGAUAUGCGGAUCUGCGAUACUGUCCGUGUCCACGUUGGUUGACCGGUUGUUCUAUGGAGUCUGGACAUUCCCGCCUUUCAAGUUCCUCUACUUCAACAUUGUGCAGUCACUGGCCGUGUUCUACGGAAAGAAUGACUUCCAUUACUACGUCUCCCAGGGUCUCCCUCUUCUUCUAACGACGGCGCUGCCGUUUUCUCUGCUUGGACUCUAUCGCUCGGCCAACCGUCCGCCGUCAUCCGCGUCGAAGCAUUGGCGGACCAACAUCCAAACUCAACUGGCAUAUGUUUGCCUGGCUAUGCCGCUCGUCCUGUCAUUGAUCUCCCACAAAGAAGUUCGCUUUAUCUACCCAAUUCUCCCAUCUUUGCACAUCUUAUCCGCUACGCCGCUGCUCGAAACGUUCUAUCCGGCCGUAUCGCGAUCCUCUAGGAUAUACACUCCCCGAAGACUCACCCUGAUCUUCAUCCUCAUCGUCAAUGUCUUCAUCGCACUCUACACCACCAUCUAUCACGCCUCCGGCACCAUAAACGUCCUCUCCUACCUCCGCGACCAACAUGACCGUCACACAACCCCCAACCACGCCCAAUCCCCCUCCUCAGGCCCCGGCAUCUCAACAGGCUUUCUCAUGCCCUGCCACAGCACCCCCUGGCGCUCGCACAUGGUCUACCCCUCUAUCAACGCCUGGGCCCUAUCCUGCGAACCUCCGGUCAACCUCAACGCCUCCGAAAAAGCCACCUACGUAGACGAAGCGGACCAGUUCUACGAAAACCCUACCACCUUCCUCCGGCAGAACAUGCUCGGCGGUCUCUGGCACAUCCCCCGCAAACCAUCAUACCUCUCCAAGCCAUCCAACCGACGGAAUCCGAAGGGAUACCACGAGUGGCCCGAUUACCUUGUUUUCUUCGCGCAACUUGAACCCACCCUCCAGCGUUUACUCAAGUCUUCUGCGUACGGAGAAUGCUAUCGCACCUUCAGCACAGCCUGGCACGACGACUGGCGCCGCAAAGGCGAUGUCGUAGUCUGGUGUCUCGACCCCGGCGAGCAGCAAUCCUGGAAAACCGUCCUAAAGGAGCGGGAAGAGCGCGCACAACGCAAACUACUAGACUUUGAUAUCGACCUCAGCCCCAUCACCCAGACCCUGGAACGCCAUGCAUCCACCGCUACUAAGACUCUCAAAACCAGCGCAAAUGAAGCGAAUAUCCGCGCACGAAAAGCAAUCACCAAUAUCCGACGCGAGAUUGAGAGCGGGAAAUGGACACCUGCAUUCUUGCAGCAGUCAAGGACACAGUCUGGUGUGAAAUUAUCCUGGCCGUCGUGGGGAAAGACUACUCAGAAGAAAACUCUCUUGGAGCGGGUUCAGAGGUCUUUAUUCUCGAAACCGUCGUCCUCGUCAUGGUUGAGUUGGUGGGAUACCAAGGGUAAAAAGGGGAGUAGGAAGGGGAAGAGGGAGUUGUGGUCUUGA